AUGACCGGGUCAAAGGCAGCUGGUGCAGGUUACCUCGUUGGUUGUUGUGUGAUUUCUGGCAAAGCUUGUUGUGUUCUUUUUGAUUCUAGAGCGACACACUCUUUUGUGUUAGAGUCUUGUGUGCGAGAGUUGGGUCUGCCGGUGUGUGAGCUACUGUUUGACCUCGUGGUAUCUACUCCGACAUCUUGGUUGGUUAGGACUUCUUCUGUGUGUGCUAGAUCUCCAGUUGAGGUAGAGGGACGCGUAUACAAAGUCAAUCUCAUAUGCUUCCCUCUGCAAGGGUUAGAUGUGAUCUUGGGAAUGGAUUGGCUCUCUGCCAAUCGCGUUCUCAUCGAUUGCCGAGAGAAGAAGUUGUUGUUCUCCAACUCAGAGGAGCCUGAGUUGUUGUCUUCCCAUGGGGUUAUGAAGGAAAUCCGGGACGACGCAUAG